AUGCAGGACAUAUCUCUUAAAACGACCUUUUUGGCGUGUCUGUCUUUACUGCCUGCGCUUACUGACGCAUUCUGGCGUCUGCCUUGCCGUGGCCGAAAUGCCAUUGGCCGGCUCGAUCCAAUCAUUGACCCUGGCCAGAUUUCAUCGCAUGUGCAUACUGUGCAUGGAGGUGGAAGCUUCAGUAUAGAUGCGACUCCCGAGUCCUUGGCAGCAUCGAGCUGUACCUCAUGCGGUGUCCUGCAGGAUAAGUCUGCAUACUGGACGCCCGCGCUCUACUUCAUGCAUACGAACGGGUCUGCGGAACUUGUCGAUGAAGUUGGAGGCAUGCUUGCCUACUACCUUCUCUAUGGUGAAAAUGUCACCGCAUUCCCUAACGGCUUCCGAAUGGUAGCGGGUGACCCCUUCCAACGGAACUUCACUUGGCCAAUCCCGGACCCUCCCAAGUCUUCUUGGACGGGAGCCCAGAUAUCGCAGGCUGCACUCCGACAGAAAGCCGUGGGUUUCAACUGUUUGAAUUAUGCCGCGCCCCCUGAAGGAUCUCUCCAGCGACACUUCCUUCCGAACAAGGCGUAUCUCGACGAACACUGCACGGAUGGGAUUCGCAUGGAACUCAUGUUUCCAUCUUGCUGGAAUGGAAAGGACGUGGAUUCGGAAGACCACAAAUCCCACGUCGCGUAUCCGGAUCUAGUGAUGACCGGUACCUGCCCGGAGGGGUACGAGACACAACUGGUAUCACUCUUCUAUGAGACAAUCUGGGACACAUAUGCGUUCAAGGACGCCGACGGCUACUUCGCGCUCUCGAAUGGCGAUCCGACCGGCUUUGGGUACCAUGGAGAUUUCAUGUUCGGCUGGGAAGAUGGGAUUCUACAGCAAGCCGUCGACACUUGCACAAGUCCCACGGGCAUCGUCAAUGACUGCGAAAUUUUUAACGUGCAGAGCGAGUGGGAUCAGAAUCAGUGCUUCUCUGAAUUGCCAGCUCAGAUUCGGCAUGAGAAUGUCGAGAUGCAUCCAGAUGGAUUGCCGGGUGGUAUGCCGAUUAGCUGGGGCCCGGCGUAUGCGAAGGGGGCCCAUGGCGGUGGCUCGUCGCCACCGGCUGCUUCUUUGUCACUUGUCCCCAGUCUCAGUAUUCCUAGCAUCAGUAUCCCCGGUAUUACUCUUCCCACCCUGUCUAUGGGUCUCGGCAUUGACAUGGGAGACAUUGGUGCAACCGGUAACGCUAAAGCCGCUUUUGCGAACCCUGAUAAGACUGAGACAACUCUGGCCACGAUGACCUCUACCAGUACAAGUACAUCGAGCCUGAAUCCCACCCCGGCCACCACGACCAGGGUAGAGGUUGACCCCAUUACUGAAGACCUCGUUAUAUGGGAGGCGGAUGUUGUUGUCAGUGUGGAUGCGGAUGGUGUUCCAUUCGCCACCACAACUGGAGCUGCGCGAAUCAUCUCCACGUCUACUAUGGAAGCUACUGAAACAACAACCGUUGUUUCGACCAUCGAACAGGAGCCAUCGGCACCUGAGAAGCGCGAUGACUUUGCGGGACAUAUGCGCCGCCAUAUCCACCACCAUGGACGUCUCCAUAAACGAGGCGUGUACUAA